AGAAAAAGGAAGGUAAAAGGAAAAUUCCCAAGCUAUUUAUCACUCUUCGACAAAAACACACAAACAUUUCACGCAACAUAUCAUUGGCAGAUACCAUGCGGCAACUAUUAUUGUCACGAUGGAUUCUACUGCUACAGUGGUAACUGCCGGCCCAUUCGCUCCUGUGGAGCUCACGAUCACUGCCCCUCGGACCAAUACUGCGACAUUCACCUAAGGGUCUGCAGGAAAGGAAUCAGGAGGUGUUAUGCCCACCAUGAAUGUGGUUACGGGAACAUCUGCAAGGGUGGUAUCUGUAAGAAGCGAGAGUGCAGGAAACAUACAGACUGUCCUGAUAACGAGGCUUGCUAUUAUCCGGGCAUCUGCAGAGGCUACCAAGCUUACUGCCACGAGGGAUACCCAGGAUAUUGCAAGGAUGGAUAUGUUUGUGUAGCAAGUGAGUUUACGGAAAGUAUUAGGAUGUAAUGUGGAUCAUUACGGACCAGUCAUUCUUUAUCACUAGGUUGGGGGGGAAUGUUAGAUUUUGGGGGAUCGCAUGGUUUUCAGGGGAAAUGGAGAAGGAAUCAGAGUAUGAAGGGGGGGGGGGGGAACUAUUAAAAAUUGAUAGCUAAUGAGGGGCGAACAUUAAUAACAUUUACCGAGCACUUGUAGGCAUUUGGUAAAUUUUUAUCGUGGCACAAUCAAACCCUCCCCCAGCCCAUGCCAUAAAUAGUGACCAGAGUGGCCCCGGUUGCCCGAAGCAUGGAUAAUACUAUCCAGUGGGUAAAUCUCUAUCCGGUGGAUAGCGCAGUACGUUUUGUUAACACUUAUCUGUUGGAUAGUGAUUUAUCCCUAGGAUAGCGUUAUCUGGCCUUAAUACAACUGAACCCAGUCCUUUACAAAAACCUGUUUCUUUUUGCGAAUAAAAAAAAGGUUUUGGUUUGCAAAUGAAAUCUUUUUAUUAUGAUUUAGUAAAGUUUCUUUGUAAUUCGCCCCGCUUUGUAGAUUUUCUCCAAAAAUAAUGUUGUGAUUCACAAGUUAAUCCUUGUUAAUGUUUCUGCUUUUGUAGAAAGGUGCAAAAAACGCCAAUGUAAUAGUAAGUACGAUUGUAAGCUUGGUGACCAUUGUGUGGGAGGAUUCUGCAAGCCUCAGCCGGGAUUUUGUUCGUCUGAUGGGGACUGUGACAAAAACCAAUGCUGUGCCAAAGGAAACGAUCAACAUGGAGUGUGCAAGAGU